AUCAGACUCAAUAGGAAUGGUCAGAUAUGGUGUACUCAUAAAGGAGAACAUACAGCAACGAGCUUAUAACCAAUAGCGUGCCUCCUGCCCCACCUCCUCUUUCCUACCAUUAAAUUCAUCACUGAUCUCCUAAGUCUCAACAAUCACGAACCUUCCAACAAUCAAUUCUCCCAGGACCAGAAAGAUCCAUCUCUCCAUCCGUGCAGCAGGAUGUUGUUACAGUUGUAUUAGUGUGAGUGUGAGAGCGCUACUGCAUGCAUCCAGGGACCCAGGAGCCCUGACUUCUUGGCACUGCUUGCACCUCGGGCCACUGGUGGGACAGCACACACUCUCACCCGGGGGGCAGAUGAGAUCUCCAUCACCGUAUCCCAUCUCUUCCUCUCAUCAUCAUCAACACACACCCUUCACCCCAACCCCUCCCUCUUCCCCCUCUCGCUUUCUGAGGUGUCUGGUGACUCUGGCCCCUGUUAUCUUGCCCCUCCCUUCAUCGUAGAAGAGAGGAAGAGAGAGGGAGAAAGAGAGAGGCUGCAGCCCACCACCACUAUGUCCCCUGAGGCCCCUUGCCUGCCUGCCUGCCUGCCCCUCCUGCUGCUCAGUACAGCUGUGGCUCAGCACCAGACCCUAACCAGCUGGGAUCUCAAGCCUGCCAGAGAGCCAAGAGAAGAGCCACUGUGUGAGAAAGCUCCUUACCACUUUUCACUUGCUCUUCAUUAGGUGAACCAUAGAGACACUAACUCCAACUGCAACUGCCAAACCUCUCUGCUGGUCCUGAGAAGAUCCUCUUUUGAGAAUGGCUGUGGCAGAGGGCGCAGCUUCGUUGGCAGGACCCCUGGCCCUGGCACUGCCCCUUGUGCUCACCCUGUUCAGCCUGGCACCGGCACCCACUUUGGGAGGAUGCCCAUCAGCUUGCCGGUGCUCUUUCGCCAUGCUGCAGUGCCUUGAGCUCGAUGGUAUCACUAGCAUCCCGGCACUGGCGCCACAAGAGAGCGAGAACGUGACAGAGAUUUACAUAGAAAACCAAGCGGGCCUGGAAAGCAUUAGAGAAAAUGAUCUGGUUAGCUACAGGGAGCUGAAGAACCUCACUGUCACAUCGUGCAAGCUAAGGUUCAUCUCUGCCAAUGCCUUCCUGUCCAACUCCAAGCUGCAGUAUGUGAAUCUGGCAUCAAACUAUCUGGAACACAUUUCCUGGAGGGUGUUUCAUUCUCUGCCUCUGCUGAACCUGGUUUUGCGGGACAACCCUCUCGUUUGCUCAUGUGACCUCCACUGGCUCCAGCAGUGGCAGCGUAGUGAACGCGGUGACCUGGACAACCAAAUGUUGUUUUGUAUCUCCAAUGACCAGGAAGUACCCCUCAACUCUUUGGUGAUAGAUAACUGCAGUCUGCCUGAGGUAACUAUUCUCCCCUCCAACAACAAGAUUGAGCAAGGAGGCAACCUGACUUUUGAGUGUCAUGUGACAGGAAGUCCCACUCCCGAAGUGAGAUGGCGAACGAAUGAGCUCUACUCUCGCUUCUCCACCGAGAAGAAAACCUCGGGCUCCACAGUAGAUCUGGUCGUUUACCUCACUGACGUUUCCUCCAGUGACAACCUGUACAAUCUGACGUGUGAGGCCGAGAACCAAGCUGGGCCCGGGGAGGACAUGGUGCAAUUGGACAUUGAGUUUCCAGCCAAAAUCCUCUUCCUGAGAAACGCAGAGCCGCAGCACCACUGGUGUUUCCCCUUUGCAGUGGACGGCAAUCCUGAUCCAGGCAUCACCUGGCUGUAUAAUCAGCAGGAGCUCAAGGAGAGCAAAUACACAUACACCCAGCUCAUCCCUGACUCAGCUGACGGAUCAGUGAAGCAUGGUUGUCUCUUCCUCAACAAGCCCACCCACAUCAACAACGGCAACUACACUCUGAUUGUGCGGAACAAACUGGGAAAUGAUGAGGCCACUGCCACCGGGAUGUUUAUGGAUAAUCCCUUCGACCCGUUUGAUCCUGAGGGGAUAAUUCCAGUCCUCGAUGUGGAUCCAAUUCCUACAAAUAAAUCAGACAUGGACGUCACAGAGAACCUGGAGAGUCGAGUGUUUGUGGUGUCUGUGGCCGUGGGUCUCGCUCUGUUUGCCUGCGCUUUUCUUCUCAUCAUGGUUUUGGUUGUUAACAAAUGUGGCCAGCACUCCAAGUUUGGUAUUCACCGUUCAUCAGUUUUGGGCACUGAGGAUGACCUGGCUGUGUCGCUUCGUUUCAUGAAUUUUGGAAACAGCCCGCCUUCCUCGGAUGAAGACUCUGGUUUAUCCAGCUUCGUAGAGAAUCCACAGUACUUCUGCGGCAUCAUCAAGGACAAAGACAUGUGUGUCCAGCAUAUCAAACGGCAGGACAUUGUGUUGAAGUGGGAGCUCGGUGAAGGAGCGUUUGGCAAGGUCUACUUGGCAGAGUGUGCCAACCUCAGCCCAGACAGCGACAAGAUGCUGGUCGCCAUCAAGACUCUGAAGGACGCCAACGAGUCGACCCGGCAGGACUUCCAGAGGGAGGCGGAGCUGCUGACGGUGCUCCAACACCAACAUAUCGUGCGAUUCUACGGCGUCUGCACGGAUGGAGAGCCUCUGGCCAUGGUGUUUGAAUACAUGAGACAUGGAGACCUCAACCGCUUUCUUCGAGCUCACGGCCCUGACGCUCGUAUCCUCGAGGAGACGAAGAUGCCCCCGCUGGGUGAGCUCACUCUGCCUCAGAUGCUGCACAUUGCUUCCCAGAUUGCUUCGGGCAUGGUCUACCUGGCAUCGCUGCACUUUGUCCACCGUGACCUGGCAACCCGCAACUGUCUGGUGGGAGAGGGCCUGGUGGUCAAAAUCGGAGACUUUGGCAUGUCGAGAGACAUCUACAGCACAGAUUACUAUCGGGUGGGUGGACGCACCAUGCUGCCAAUCCGCUGGAUGCCUCCGGAGAGCAUCAUGUACAGGAAGUUCACCACGGAGAGCGACAUCUGGAGCUUCGGCGUGGUCCUUUGGGAGAUUUUCACCUAUGGGAAGCAGCCCUGGUACCAGCUGUCCAACAGUGAGGCCAUCGAAUGCAUCACGCAGGGACGGGAGCUGGAAAGGCCACGCACUUGUCCCAAGGAGGUGUACCUGCUGAUGCAGGGCUGCUGGCAGAGAGAGCCCCAGCAGAGGAUGGUCAUCAAGGACAUCCACAGCCGCCUGCUGGCCCUGGUCAAGAACCCGCCGGUUUAUCUGGAUAUUCUGGGUUAGAGGGGCCAAGAGGCACACAGGGAGUAGAGUUCAGAGGCUGGGGAGGUUGGCUUUGAUUUGAGACCUUAAACUUGUUCCUUUUAAUUCUUUAACUUUAUUCAGGGGGUAAUUGCUUUAAACAGGUUCCUGCUUUUUCUUUUAUCACCUAAAAAAACAGUGUGAAUGUUAUUUCCACGAUACUUGAUGGACCGUUCCAACAGUCUGCAGCGACAUUCUGCUUCAGUUUUUCCUCAUCUCGGCUCGACCCUCGACCCUGUUCACUGCCCCGUCGUCGUCUGGAAACCUGUCAAAUGUUUACCAAAGUGUUUAAUGUUUAUCUGAAGGGGGAUCAGCCUGAUGGAGGGACGUGCAUGGAUAAGUGUUGGAUAUACAGUAUAUGGGCCUUUACGUUGCUAUGAAUGUGACAGCUUGUCAGGGAGUCUUUGCUCUGCAGCGUUAUCAUGAGAGGCUCGCGAGCUGAGCUGAGCUGCGGUGCAUUUUAUACGACGCUACAGCCGACACUUGUGUGGAAAGGCAAUUAGAAAAUGAGACAGAUGCUGACAAGAGAGGGAACUUGACAUCAUGAGUCAGAAGUGAGAGCCAAUUUUACAGAUUUGGGCACAGCAGACAGUCAUUGGUGUAGUGACUGAUUUUGGAUAAGUUUUGAUAUAGAGGGUUUUCAGUGAUGUAUAGGAUACCCAAUCAAAACCUUUUAAAAGCUAAAAAAUGUACUUGACUUGUUCUUAAUGUGUCAAAUCCAGUGUAUAUUAUGAAUAUUUUUCAAAAGCAAGAACAAAAAUGGUCAUAUAUUAGCAGUGAAUGUGUUUCCUGAUCCAUUAAGAAGUGUGUUUACAUUUAAUUUAGUUUUGCGGUAAGAUGUGAAAAGAAAAAAAGAUCCAAAGAUGAGCGGUUUGACCUGUGGCCUGCCUGCAAGACUCAGGAGUGGCUUUUUGUACAAAUUAGCGAUGUUUAACAUGCUACUGUAACGACCUUUAAAAAUCAAAGUGCGGCACUGAAAUUCGGUAAGGGGGCAAGACGGUGGGUCGGUGACACACUGAGACGGCUUUAGAGGUAACAGAUGGAUUAAAGUGAGUGAAACUCCAGGAGCAGAGGGACAGAUGGCACUGAAACAGACACUGGAGGUGAGGCGACCACCAUGGGAAAAAAGAAAA